CGGAAACGGUGAGUGGCGGCUAUCCUCCGUGAUUCCUGUAGUGAAACCGGUCUCCGUGGGGGCUGGUCGUGGCUGACGGGUGUUGUUGAGUGAACGAACUAUAAACUUCAAGUGAAGUUUGGGACGCGGAGCCACAGGAUCGUCGGAUUUCUUGAAUAUUGGAUUACGCAGGCUUUUCACAAUAAGAGUCUGCUGUUAGCAAACAUUGUGUCGCACCGAGGAGACACAUGGAGGCGAUGGCCGUUUGUUCUGGUUUAAAGUGAGUUCACCUUUCGAUGUUCUUUCGGCUGAAGACUACUGCAGCAGAAUGACGGCUUUCCAGGCGCGUGGCUGAAGGUUAUAAGGUUUUUGGCGGCGACAUUCAGCAGAUGGAUCCGCCCCCCAAACGGCGGCGGGUCCUCGACCCGUCUGCCAUCGCCCCGGUCCCCAUCUACUCCAACAAGGUGAGCAGCGGCCUGCAGCUGAAGCCAACGUCCUCUUUGUUCGCCGAGAGCGAAAACGCAGACGACGCUGAUGACUGUCUGUGGGCGGAGUUUUCCUCCAAGGAGGCCGCUGAUGUCAUCUGCUUAAGCGACUCGGAGGAGGAGCCUGGAUCCCAUCAGCGCCUCGCAGAACCAAGAAAGGAGCGUGCAGAAACGCCGCGCUGCCCGACCCCCCCACCAGACAGUCCCGUGCAGAAACAGUCCAGGAAGGUCCGACAGAAGACCAAUGAGAUCAACAGGAGGCUGCAGGCGGCGAGCUCCGUCCUCUCCCCGAAGUCUCGCCCCACGGCGGCCCCCUGUGCCCCCCCGCCUGUGGAGGAGCAGGCAGACGACGAUGACAUCAUCGUCUUGGUGACCCCCGGCACUCGGAGUCUGCCGGACUCCUCCGACCCGGCCCGGAAGAUUCCCCUCAAGGUCCGCUGCAGAACGGAGAUCCACCGGGUCCAGGUGCUGCCGUCCACGCCGUUAGGCCAGGUGCUCCGCCAGCUGUCCGUCACCCUGGACGUCCCGCCCUCCCAGCUGCUGUUGCUCAGGGAGGAGGCGGAGCUUCCACCACACCUCACCGUGGAAGAGCUCCGGCUCGGCAUUGCUGACAUCAUCGACUGCGUCGUCAUGGCGACGGAGGAGAAGAGCGGCAGCCUCAUCACGGUGCGGCUGCAGAGCAAAGACCGCGGAUCCUCGCAGAGCUUCUCCGUUCACAGAGACGCGCCGCUGGCCUCCGUCUUCUCCCAGUAUCUGUCCGGCGUGACGGCCGCCGCUCGCUCCAAGGCCCGCUUCCAGUUCGACGGGUCCCGGGUGACGGGCGAGCAGACGGCGGCGCAGCUGGACAUGGAGGACGGAGACAUGGUGGAGGUGUGGAUCUGAGCGUCGCCCAAACGCCGUCCGUCAUGGAGUCACUUUGGGGCGGAACGUUCAGAUGUUCUCCUCCAGAAACUGUCAAAUAAUUUAAACCUUUCUGUCUGCACUGAA